GCUCUGUUUAGUCUCUCCUUCGAUCCCCCCGCCGUGUGGCAGAGGAGCUGGAAGUACGUACAUGGCAGCAUGAGGAGACACGAAGCAUUUUCUGCUUCUAAAGCAUUCCGAAGUUAUUCCCCGUUGUGAUUCUAGAGGACGGGCGUUUUCUGCGGGACUGAACCAUCGUUGAGUUUUUUUUUAAUAUCAGCCUGAGGUCUUUCAAAAAGCGAGGAGGAUUGCCUAGAAGUUUACCAGCUUCCUCACCGUCAAGGAAAUGUAGAAUUAUCCUAAAGCAGGAUGAUUUGGAGGUAGCAGGCUGAUGUGGAGCCUCAGUAAGAACUUGGACCAGUAUUCAAAGGGAUUACAGUGGGAGACGUAGUUGAGAAACUUUCCCUUGUUCCUCGUGGAAGAAGAAGAAGGCGGUGACUGGGCUGUGUGGUUGUAGUCUUUACGCACAGUCUGCGCCGACAGAUUUGGAAAAAUCCAAGAUGCGCCUGUUGAGCACGCCGGGUGGAGAAAUCAGAGGUAGAAAACUGAAACCUGCUAUGAUGCAUUUGCUGUUCCUUCUCUGUUUUGUAAUGUUCUGCCAGAGCUGUCCGGACAAGUGUUUGUGCGUCUCACAAACUGUAAAAUGUCAAAACCAGGACUUAUACGCCAUUCCGGAUUCUUUACCAAACAGCACCAAAGUACUGUUCGUUACAGGAAACUAUAUUUCCGGUAUUAGUAUAGACUCUUUCCCCACCCGCUUGGAACUGUUAACAGAUCUCUAUCUCAGUGGGAACGAGAUAGAGACUGUGGAUGAAAAGGCGUUUGAGAACCUUCCAAAUCUUGUGCGGCUGGAUCUGAGCAACAACAACAUCCUGAAUUUCAGUGAAAGAGCUUUCCCUGAUGAAAAUACUCUGCAGGUUUUGAACCUCAGUAGUUGUUUUCACAAUCAUACCAUCCUGGAAUUGGGCUUCCUCGAGAGUGGAAACCUUCAACAGCUGACAGUCCUUGACCUGUCCAACAAUGACCUAUUGAUCCUUCAGGAUGACAUUUUCUCCAGCUUCUCCCAGCUGGUCAACCUCAGCCUGCAGAACAGCUCCAUCAUCUCCAUUCCGAAUGGGACCUUUAAGGUGCCACUGCUGCAUGACCUUGACCUGCGAGACAACAGCUUGAGGAACCUGCCCACCUCCACCCUGGCGCAGAUCAACCUCACGCCUGGCCUCCUCAUCCAGCUGGCAGGGAACCCCUGGCGGUGUGACUGCUUCAUAGAGGACAUGCUGUUCUGGCUGAGAAACGCCACUCAGAUCAUCGACAGGCAGGACCUUACCUGUGCGGUCCCAGACGCCCUAAGACACCGGUCUCUCCUGCAUCUGGAGCCAUCACAGCUGAAGUGUCCGGGCGACAUGGAGGGCGUGCUGGAGACUUCUUAUGUUUUUCUGGGGCUGGUUCUGGCCCUGAUCGGUGUCAUAUUCCUGUUGGUGCUCUACCUGAACAGAAAAGGCAUCAAGCGGUGGAUUUACAACAUCAGGGACGCUUGUAGGGACCACAUGGAGGGGUACCAUUACAGGUACGAGAUAAACUCUGACCCUCGUUUGGCCAACCUGAGCAUCAACUCAGAUGUUUGAGCGCGGACAGUGUGUGGGACCUCACAGCGAGAUAUGAAAUGACUUGUACUGUUAUGAUUUGCAUGAAAGUCUUCCUCCCCUUCUUCUCCUUGAUGCUAUACAGAUUUGACAUCUGUCGUGGCUCCUUACUAUCCCCUCUCACAACCUCCAUUCAACCACUGCCGCAUGUCUUAUGAAAGUACCUGGCAGCUGCUUGUCAACUGCGUGUCUUCCGUGUUGCAUUGCAUGGACAAUGAAUACUGGUAAACGGUUAUAGGGUAAAGGGUAAUCUGUUCUAUAUUCACUUUUCCUAAAGGAGAAACUCGGAGUACAAUGACUUUGUAAAGAAUACUCGUCAAAACCACACACAGCUGGUCAUUGCAUCCUUGUCAUUAUGCCUCUACUGCAGAGAAAUGCUAUUCUGCUUGAUUAUCAGUUUGUUCUUUUUAAUAUGUGAAUUUGUGAUAUAAGGUAUGCUCCUUUUUGAAUGAUUAAAGUGCACAUUGCAUAGUUUUUGGAUUUACUAGAUGGAUGUAAUUACUCUUUUCUGUGAAGAUAUUCAGCUAAAUAAAAGCCUCUGGAUUGCCGGUA